ACUAAGGAAAGGAAAUGGCGAAUGAGGAUAGGAUGAACCACUAUUUGCAUCCUGAUCACCACUUGGUGCAUGUGCACAUGGAGUCGGAUUUCUUGUGUAGCGGGUGCAAGGUCGAAGGACACGGAGUUCGCUAUCGGUGCCACGAGUGUGACUUCAACCUCCAUGAGCACUGUGCCCGCUGCUCCUCCACCAUCUCCGUUCGCAUGCACUCCGACCAUUUGCUCACCUUGUACGUCCUCUCUGAAGAUAACCCUGAUCGGGAACGCCGGUGCAAUGUUUGCCAGAAAAGCACCGUGGGUAUGUGCUAUCGAUGCGUGCCUUGCGACUUCGCCAUGCACCCACUAUGCACGCUGAUUCAACCACAUGCAAGCCGUUCGAGACACGGCAGUGACCACGACGGCGUACUAGGUUUUGCUAAAACUUUGGGAAAUAUUACUCUAAAUGUAGUAGCUGGUGUAAUAGGAGUCGAAAUUAAGGAUGCAUUCAAUGACGAUGAGGAUGACGAUGAUGACGAUGACAAACGAUCUGAAUGAUGAUGAUGAAUACGACAAACAACCUAGAGAAUGAUGAUGACGAUAACAUUGAUGACAACAUGGAUAAUAUAUAGUUGGAUUGGAAAAAUAAGAUAUAUUAAAACAUAGUAUGGUUCAAGAUAUUAGGGAUGCAUGUAUGUAUAAUUAUUAUGAAUAUUCUUAAAUGCCGGUGAUAUUAUAAUAGCAUGGAA